AUGCCUGGACAUGCCCUAGCCCAGCAGUUGUCUGUGAGUAUUCAGUGUGACCUGCUGCAUGGGGUGGCAGCCCUUUUGGAGGGAAAACUAGGUGCUUGGGCGAGAUCAGAGUACCUGCUCAGAUUAGAACAUGUAAGAUUACUUUUUCUCCAAAGUAUUCAUGAAAAUGGAAAGAAUGGGUGGAAACAAAAUUGUAGAUAUUUAGCUACACAGAAAGAUGAUUCUUCAUCUUCAUCUACAUCGUCCUCGUCGUCUUCAUCUUCAUCAUCAUCAUCAUCAUCAUCAUCGUCAUCGUCAUCUUCUUCAGAUAGUAGUUCAUCUGACAGUUCAUCAUCAGAUGAAGAAGAUGAAAAGGAACCUCAGAAGAAAGCAGAUACUGUUGAAAAUGAGAAGGGAGCAGCUCCUCCCAGCAACACUCAUCAGAGACUGACUGGAUUGCUGGAAACUAUGAUAAAGCAAGAACAAUCAUUAUCAGCCAUCUUAUUGAAAGAAGCUGAAAAAGGCAAACAAAGCACAGAUAUUACUGCAAGCGAAAAUUUAAAAGCGGAAGGAAGGCAUGAAAAUUUAGGGAAUGAUGUAGUAGAAGCAGCAAAAAAAGUAGCAGAGAGCUUUGGAGGGGAUAUCAAGAAGACAGAGUCAGAAUUAUUGAACAGGCUCCUGUCUCGUGAGGAGAAACACCAACAAGCAGAUGUACCAAAAAAGACCAGCAUCAACUUAAGCGAGUUGAUAGUAGGAAUGAAGAUCGAUCGAACACCAGCAUCAGCAACACCUGAAGAGUCAUAUCAAACCACACAAAAAUUCCGCAGUGACCAUCUUAAUGCAUUUAAGGAAAGACCUUCAUCUUUCAAAGAAAAGGAAAUGAGGCAGGCACGACAUGCAGAAAACAGAACCAGACCUAGAAUACCUGCAAGCAAAGAGAACCUCUUUCGGGAAGAGAGACUGGGAAUAUUUAAUCCAUCAUCGAAUUUUGUUUCUGUGCCGUCAUUGAAUACUUGGCAGCAUCUGUAUCAAAGAGAGUUGAAUCUCUUAGUGACUCAUCCUCCAUCUAACAUAUUAGAAGAAAUGAUCCUAUGGACAGAAAAGGGAAUACUCUGGAAAUUUCCAAUAGAUAAUGAACAAGAUUUACAUGAAGAAGCAAAAGUUCCAUUCACAGAGCAUGUAUUCUUGGAGAAGCAUUUGACUCCAUGGUGUCCAACCAAAGGACCCAUUCGACACUUUAUGGAACUUGUGUGUGUUGGACUGUCCAAAAAUGCUUACCUUAAAGUUGAAGAAAAACGAGAAACCAUUUUAUGGUAUAGAGAUUACUUCGAAAAGAAGAGUGAAAUAUUAAAAAUGUCAGGAAUUGACUUCAAUGCAAAAGUUUUACCAGAAGCUACUAAAUAAUGUGUUGAACAUGAAGGAAAGAGAGAUUCUGUAUUGCUGUACUUCUAGUGUCUAUAGUCAGUAAAGUACUUUUCAGCUCUUCUCAGUAUAAAUUAAAUUUUCCAAGAUGUCGUCACUGUCAAAAAGUCAAGUAGCUUUAUUCAAAUAGAUUCUUACAUGUAAAUUUCAGUGGGUAUAAGAAAACAUGGUAUCUGAUUAAACAAAAGUUAAAUUAAUCAUCCAACAGAACCAUUUGUUAUUAUUCAUGCAAGGAAAUUUCUAUAAGUUUUGUUCCAUCCUAUAAAAUGUAAAUUAAAUUUUGAUAAAAACCUGAUACACAAACUGUAAAUCAGUGACAUGAAUUUUCCAUAGAAGAAAAUCGUCAUCUGUCAAAAAGAAUUUGAAUUUUUCUCUUGACCAGACUACAACUUAAUAGACAUAAUACUCACAAUAGACAAAUUAAUUUCACAUUUAUACUAAUUGAACAAGCCAAGUUUUUAUGAAUUUCAAUGAUCACUGCCCAUUCUGGAAAAUUGCUAGAAUAGAAUAAUCUUGCUUCUUCUUCCCUUUGUGCUAAAUAGGGCUCAUAACUUAUUCAUGUCCAUUCAUUAAUUUCUCAUGUAAUAUUAGACAAACUACUGUUCAUUUAAUUGUCAAAAACCGUUAUUAUCCUUGUGUUGAAAAGGAAUGCAAUAAUAAUAAAAAAAUAUUAAAUGCCUUCUUAGGGAACUAAUAAUGUAAUGUUUCGUGCAUUAGUAAAAAUGUUUAAUUUGUUCAGAAGGCUUUCAAUUGCAUAAAAUUCUUAACAAAAAUUGUCAAUCCUUCAGUUCUGAACUUUUCCAAAACUUUAUAUAAUUGGGCUCUGCAUAGUUACAUUAAACAAGAGCUUUCUUAUCAAUUAAUUAACACUUGUAAUUCAGGGAUACUCUUCCUUCACGGACAUUUUUUAUCUAUUUAACAGCUCAUUCUUCACUUACAACUGCUUGUUUCUCUCUUUUCUUCAGAGUUACAGUGUACAGUUCAUGUUGGGUCUUCCAUACAAAGUUACCUAUUUUGUAUCUAUAAAGUUGUACUUCACUUGAAUUGAAGUACUGUGUACCUAACCAUGGAAUUGUAAUUUAAUAUUGAUGAAAGAGUAUUUACUGUUAAGUUUACUGACAUAUAGAAAUAUGUGUAAAUAUUUGUAAUUGUUUGCUUGAAAUAUGAUUGAGAGUUACUGAUUAAAGAGUUUUAUUCUUCUGAAUUUUCAAUGAAGUUCUGAAUUUAUAAAGAUUGUAAGAUAUUUAUAUAUUUUGGAAGGAAGAGAGGAUAAUGCUCGAGAGUAAUUUCUUGGAAAAUGGAAAUGGAUUACUUUCAACCAAAAAAUAAAAUGUCAAGGUUAGACAAUACAAUAGUAUUUAUUAAAGGUUUCAUUAAAUAUGUUAUGUUUUCAAAAAAGCUUGAUUUUUCUUUCUGCACUCCUUAACCCUUCAGUAACACUUAAUUUUGACAAAUCAAAUAUUAGAAUGUUGCAUGUUGUGGGUACACUACAAGAAAACAGGCUAAAAAUUUUUGAGACUUACAAAUUGUUCUUUUGUGUAAAUGAAAUGAAAUCUCUUCAAACUCAUACAAUUAUCAAACUGCAAACUCAAGAGAACAAGAUAUCAACUAUACUUCUAUGUUUCUUUAGUUUGAGACUACACUUCUUACAGACAUUAUAACCAAGAGAUAGAAAAAGACACUUUCCUGUAUGGUCAUGUUACAAUUAAUUAGGUUAAUUACUAUAAAUAACAAAAAUACUUAAAUUUACUUAAUGCUUAAUUUUUCAAUCUUAUGGGAAAUAAAUGGUUCACUUUAAAUUUAAAGGUAAUGAGGCACAUUUAGUCAAAAAGUUCGCCAUUCUUGCUUUGAAGAAUAUUUGUAAAUGCAUGACCAAAUAACACUGUACAUGGAGGGCAGUUCUUUAUCUUUUAAGGCCAUUGUGUCCUUGAAGGUGUUGCAAUCAGCCAACUUAGGUGAGACAGGAAGUGUUCCUGCCUCUUUAAUAUACAAAAGAAGCUAAUGCUCCAGUGAAGAUUUUCUUGAUAAGUGUAAUGACCUCAAGGUAUGACUUGGUCUGUGAAAGCACGUUGUCUACAAGAAAAAUGUGGAUUUGUUGCAGUGUGCAAAUGAUAAUGAAGCAUUGAUUAUAAAUGAUUACUUAGAUAUAUUUGUAAACGUCUUAACUGAAUGAAAAUAUACCUUCUCUGUUGAGUCAUUCUGAUUAAACAAAAAUCACUAAUAUCUAUGUAACCGGCAAGAGAAUGAUGUAUUUUCAACAAUGUAAAAAGGGCUGCACAUUUAUGUGGUAGGCAUUUAGGCCUACUUGCUAUUCUUCAAUCUUUACUUUUAUAUUUGCUGGUUUGUGGUAAGAGAAAGUUAUGCAUUGCUGCAAGAAAAAGUGUCAUUUUGUGGAUUUCUCUUGCUCCUUGGGUUUUUUCCCAAAGUGCUCUUAAUAUAAGUGAUAAGUUGUCCAAGUGGUUGCGAACAAUACUAGCACCAAUGUCGAACAUAAUUUUGUUCAAAAUGAAUUCCCCAUGAUUAAUCUAGAUAAUGAUGUGACCUCUCAAAUUUAUAACUAAUCUUCUUAAAAGACCUUAAAUUUUCUAAAAAGUACCCCUCUUUUUUUUUUCUUCUCCCUGUAAUAGAGAAAAAAUU